AUGACUGAUCAGGUCAGCAACGGUGUCGGCGUACCACCGGUCCAGUACGACAUCCGAGAACUCUCCAACUCGGAAGAAGACACCCAGCGAGUUUGGCAAAUGUGGCAGACAGUCUUCUCAAACUGGCCAAUUGAGAAAGCGAGAUUUGGCAACCUUCUCUUCAGUCUCCCAGGCCAUCACCAUUGGAUUCACGAGCACGGCUUUUGUUUAUCCUUCUACUCCAAAAAUGAGCCAUUAGGUCGAAUUGCCGCACUUGCAGUUCUGCCUGAACAUCGUCGCAAGGGUCUUGGCACUGCUCUGCUAGAUAAGGCCAAGACUGGUCUGAGAAAGGCUGCUCGUGACGAUGGAGGUAAAGAAUUGGCUUCUUUGGAAAUGGGUUCUGUCUUCCCUCGGUUUUGGUGGCAGGUGCCCAACAACUUUCCGUCGGAAGUGAAGGAUUUCUUAUCUCACAGAAGUAUUCAUAACACUUCCCAACCGGUCCGGGACCUCUACAAAGACAUCCGAGAGACAAUUGUACCGCCUGAGAUAAUGGAGCGCGUCUCAAAGACAAAGGCCACGUUCUCUCCGUGGUCAGCAGAGUUGUACGAAGAAUGCAUGACUAAACAAGAAGCACAAUUCGGCUGGUCCGGCAUCUACAAAGCUCUCGCAGCGCGAGACCUGCACAGUGAAGUGAUGGUAGCGUUCGACCCCGAUACCAACGAGCAGAUUGGUUGGACGUUGAUGUGCUCAUACUCGGCCAUUUCCCACGUCUUUGCCUUUCUCCAUCUUCCCCUGUCCGGGGAAAAGACAGGUCUUAUCGCUGCUGUUGGCGUGGAUGAGAAGGCGAGAGGUAAAGGUAUUGGUUUAGCUCUUGUUGUGAAAGCAAUGGAGAACCUACGUGAGAGAGGAAUGGAUGGUAUUCUCAUCGAUGCGGUGGCAAUCCAGGGUUUUUACGAACGUUUGGGUUUCGAGACGCAGUGGGAGUAUGAAGGCUAUGGUUGGUAA